AUGACUAUAAGCAUGGACUGUGACAUUGUUAAGCCAGAAAAUGACACUACGUUGCAAGUGAAACGUAAAAUGGAAGAACAGAAUGAUGGAUUGGACCCAAAAAAAAGUCAACUUGCAAGAACACAAAAUGGUGCAGCUGGGAAGAGAGUAAUAGUUCCAGCUUGUGCUCCCAAUCUACACUAUACUCCAUUGAAAACAGCCCUAUGCUAUGAUGUUCGAAUGCGCUAUCAUGCGAAGAUCUUCACUUCGUACUUUGAGUAUAUUGACCCGCACCCAGAGGAUCCCAGAAGAAUAUACAGAGUAUACAAGAUUUUAGCGGAGAAUGGGCUUAUUAAUGAUCCUACCUUGAGUGGUAUUGAUGAAAUUGGUGACUUGAUGCUUAAGAUUCCGGUUAGAGAGGCGACAGAUGAAGAGAUUUUGGAAGUUCACUCUAAGGAGAAUCUGGAGUUCGUUGAAAGGAGCUCAAGGAUGAAACGUGAAGAGUUAUUGAAGGAAACAGAGAAGGGAGAUUCAGUUUAUUUUAAUAAUGACUCUUAUGUUAGUGCUAAACUGUCAUGCGGAGGAGUUAUUGACGCUUGCAAAGCCGUAGUCGAGGGCCGUGUGAAAAAUGCACUAGCAGUCGUCAGACCUCCUGGUCAUCACGCAGAACCUGAGGCUCCUGGUGGAUUUUGUCUUUUCAGUAAUGUUGCCGUAGCUGCACAAAACAUAUUAAAACAAUAUCCGGAGAGCGUAAGAAGAAUACUGAUACUGGAUUGGGAUAUCCAUCAUGGUAACGGAACGCAGAAAGCAUUUUACAACGAUCCACGGGUGUUAUACAUCUCCUUGCAUAGAUUUGAGAUGGGUAAAUACUAUCCUGGCACCAUCAAUGGCCGAUACGACCAAACUGGUGAGGGCAAAGGUGAAGGUUUUAAUUGUAAUAUUACAUGGCCCGUUGGUGGUGUAGGAGAUGCUGAAUAUAUGCUGGCAUUUGAGCAAAUCGUCAUGCCCAUGGCCAGGGAAUUUCAACCUGAUCUGGUCAUAAUAUCGUCAGGCUUUGACGCUGCCGAUGGUGAUACCAUUGGACAAUGCCAUGUAACGCCGAGCUGUUACGGCCAAAUGACACAUAUGCUCAAGUCUUUGGCAAGAGGUAAUCUAUGCGUCGCUCUUGAAGGCGGUUAUAACUUGGAUGCAAUUGCUAUCAGUGCUCUAAGCGUCGCCAAGGUUCUAAUAGGAGAGCCGCCGGAUGAAUUACCAGAUCCUACUAAGGAUCCCAAACUAGAAGCUAUUGAAAUGAUAGACACAGUCAUUCACACACAAUCUAAGUACUGGAAGUGCUUCCAGCGGAAAUUUGGGAACGCCGGAUGCAACUUCUCGGAGCCAGUAACUGAAACUGUUAUUUCUAAGAGCUUUCCAUUACAGACAGCUAUCCGUCAGGAACAAUUCCGCCAGCUUUCCAAAGAGUAUGGCUUUGUAACGCUUCCCAUCUCAAAGCUAGAAAUACCCGAUGACAGUGUACUAUGCUCUCCCGAAGUAUUCCAGCAAAGUACUAUUGUUAUAAUAGUACAUGAUACCCCAGAGAUUUGGGCAAAGCGAGAUGUGAUUACCGGAGUUAUCGACCCUUCAACCUCAAUAAUAGUAGAUUCGCCUCUAGACUUCACGAAAUGGUGCAUGAACCGGAAGUACGGUGUUAUUGAUGUGAAUAUUCCACAAUCUCUUUUUGAGCAAGAUAACUAUUCCGCUAUGAUUACUUCUCAAGAAGUCUUGUUAUACAUUUGGGAUAACUACAUCAAAUACUUCCCAUCACUAGCAAAAGUCGCCUUUGUUGGGUUUGGAGAUGCAUAUGCUGGUAUAGUACAUCUUUUGGGUCACAGAGAUACAAGGGCGACUGUUAAAGCAGUCGUAAGUUUCAUUGGAAGAAAACAGCUAAAGCCACUUGUUCCGCUGGUCGACGAGUCCCUCAGUGAUUGGUACUUUAAAAACUCACUUAUCUUCACUGAUAAAAACCAUCCUUGCUGGGCAGAUAAUGAAAGCAAGAAACCAAGGAAGAAGUUUGGUAGAGUAUUAAGAUGUGACACAGAUGGUCUCAACAGCAAUAUGGAGGAAAGAUUUGAAGAAGCCACUGAUUUCAUUCUCGAUUUAUUUGAAGAAUGGAGUGACAGUGAAUAA